AUGGCACCUCGAAAUCCCUCAGAGCAGACAGUCCUCAAGUCACCGAAGGACCAGACUCUACGCUUUCGCGAAGAUGGCACUUUCCAUAUCGGAGUGUUUGAGGACUUGCAUUUCGCUGAAGAUGUGGAGAAAGACAAAAAGUCCAAGGGGGUGAUGUCAUACAUUCUGUCCGAGGAAGACAUUGACUUGGUCGUGAUCAACGGUGACUUGGUAUCCGGCGAGAGGACCCACAAGGCCGAUUCGAAGAAAUACAUUGCUGAUGUUGUCUCUCCGCUCGUCGAGGGCGGCUACCGAUGGGCAUCAACCUACGGGAACCAUGACAGCGAGGUCAACCUCAACCCGAAGGAGGACAUGUACGAGGCUGAGAAGAAGUUCGACAACAGUCUGACGCGGAGUUCUAUUUCCGGUGAUGAAGCCGGGAUCACCAACUACUACUUACCCGUGUUCUCCCACGGUGACAAGAAUACAACCACGCCGGCACUCCUUCUAUGGUUCUUCGAUUCGAAGGGCGGGCACUAUUACCAAAAAGAAGGGAAGCAGGGUCCCUCCGUGAAGAGACCCAGUUGGAUCGACGAAUCGGUUGUCGAAUGGUUCACAGAGACAAACACCAAGCUGCGAAAAGAGUACGGUAAAGUCGUGCCAUCGCUGGCAUUCUACCAUAUCCCCGCGCAUGCAAUGUUGCUAGGACAACAAAGAGGCCGCCUCGACCCUCAUCUCACGCCCGGCGCGAACCGUGAACGCGUCAAUCCACAAGGAACAGGCGAUUGGAAAUACGAUAGUCAGGACGUCAAAUUCAUGGAAGCCCUCCUCAACACCGAGGGACUGAUCGCCGGUUUCAGUGGCCACGACCACCAAAAUGAUUGGUGCUUUAAGUGGGACGGUUCGCUGGUAGACCAUGACCUGGUCGGAAACGGGCUCAACAUGUGCUACGGUCGCCAUACUGGCUAUGGAGGCUAUGGAGAUUUGACUCGAGGUGGACGGCAGAUUCUACUCAAUGAGAGUAAUCUGACUGAAGAUACGCAGACAUGGAUUCGUUUGGAGGACGGGCUCGUUCAGGCGCAUGUUACGCUGAAUACUACUUACGGGCAAGAUCCUUAUGCUGCUGUUACGAAUGUUGGCCGGCCCAGCAUUCACAGCGAGUCAUCUUUGCUUCCAUUCUCAUGGCUGUGGUUUCCAGUCAUGGUGCUUUGGCGGUGGAAGAUUUAA